ACAUGGGGAAAGUGAAAGUACAAAGGGCCCAGGGAUCCACGCUGCCUCGCAGGAGAGGAGAUGGCGAACAUGGGGGGAUGGACAGACAUCUGGGCUCUGCGUCUCGGGGGCCUGCUCCUGCCUCUUCUCUUCCUAGGGACAGCAGGUUCCCAGCUGCAGGUGACCACAGCGCCCUCCUCCUGGGCCCACCUGGGCUCGCGAUCCUUGCUGCAGUGCCGGUUUGAUGUCGGGGGGCCGGUGGCCCUGGACUCCCUGCGGGUGCAAUGUUAUAUUGGGGAGCAUGUAGUGGCCUGCUACAACCAGGGCAGGAUCCAGGCCCAGCCCGGAGCCAGUCUGCCAUCAGAGAAAGAGCUGGAGACAGGAGACGCCUCCCUGUCACUGGCCGUGGUGACCCCAUGGGACAAGGGCAUGUACAAGUGUGUUGUGUGGCACAGGGACCAGGAGCACCAGGGGAUGACCACCCUGCACCUGCUUGCUGCCCCAAUGAUCUCCAUCCUGAGACAACCUGCUGUGGGUGACACUGAGACCUCCCUCCUGUGCCACGUGGAGGGGUUCUUCCCCAAGGAGGUGGACGUGGUGUGGCUGAGAGAUGGGCAGGUCCUGAAAGGCUUUCCCUGCUCCAGCCCCCAGAGGAACCUGGAUGGGACCUUCACCUUCACCAUGACCUACACCUUCACCCCCACCCACAAAGAUGCUGGCAGUGUCUUCUCCUGCCGUGUCCACCACAUGGCCCUGAGGCAGCCACUGAAGGAGGACAUCCCCCUGGAUAUCAGAGUAGGGAGCACAGAGGUGGAUCACACCAGCACCAUGAUCAGCGCUGUACUGGGAAUUGGCAUCAUAACUGGAAUUGUGGUCAUCACAAUCAUGAAGCAGAAGUCCAGGUCCAGUCGGCAACUUCAGUUCCAAGAUGAUCCAGGGCCAGCUCCUGUCAGAUCUCCUGUGCUCAGACCCCCAGGCUGGGCAGUCUCCUACUCCGUCUCUGAAGUGCAGGGGCCGGAGCGGUGCCUGCUGGGCCAGGAGGUGACCCUGAGCUGCUCCAUGGAGGGGACGUUCCCCAAGGACGUGGCCGUGACAUGGGAGAGGAUCCACAGCAAGGACAGGAUGGUGCCGGAGAUUGACAAGGAGCAAGAAAGCUCCGAGCACCAGACGCUGUUACCCGCCCUGCCCCCGGGCUGGAGAGUGACAGAGGAGAAAGCUGACACCCGCUUCACGUCCUCCCUGACCUUCACCCCCACGCUGCAGGAUGACCGGGCACGGGUCCGGUGCUGCUUCCUCCACAAGGUUGAAAGUAUCAAAGAGGAGCGAGUGUUCCCAGAGAUCCAGGUGUGGGCCCAGCCGCAGGUGUCGGAGAUCCAGGUGUUGCCAGAGUGGGACCCCCGGGACAAGGUGCCGUUUGCUGUCCAGCUCCACAACUUCUACCCCAGGGAGGUGCCCCAGAUCCAGUGGGGCUGCGAUGGGAUCUGGAGCUGGGGGGAAGACCCAGCGCAGGUAGACAACAACGCGGACGGCACGUUCACCGCGACGAGCAUCUGGCGACUGCCCAGCUGGAGCCUGACCCGGCCGGAGCUGCGAGUGCGAGUGUGCAUCCAACACAGCCCCGGAGAGCCCCCGAGGGAGAGAGAGCUCAGCCUGAGGGCCGUGGGUCUCCUGCAGCCCCCGGAGGUGUCCGAAAUCUCCCAGCCCGAGUCCAUGGCCACGGGGAAGGGAGUCACCCUUAGGUGCCACAUCACUGGGCAUUUCCCAGGGGAGCUGAGUGUGACCUGGCUGCGAAAGGGCAAGGGGGAGGCCACUGCUGUGAUCCUGGAGGACUCCGCUGAGUGCAGAGUGGAGCCCGGCAUGGCCGUCCUCGCACGGGAUGGGAAGAGCUUCCAGCAGCAGACGGGACUCACCUGCUGGAUGUCCAGAGACCAGGGGGCAGAGUACAUCUGCCGUGUGGGACACCUCGCCCUGCAGGCCCCCAUUGAGAGGAGCAUCAAUGAUCCAGGGCCAGCUCCUGUCAGAUCUCCUGUGCUCAGACCCCCAGGCUGGGCAGUCUCCUACUCUGUCUCCGAGGUGCAGGGGCCGGAGCGGUGCCUGCUGGGCCAGGAGGUGACCCUGAGCUGCUCCAUGGAGGGGACGUUCCCCAAGGACGUGGCUGUGAAAUGGGAUAGGAUCCACAGUGUGGACAGGACAGUGCCUGAGAGCGCUGGGGACCAAGAUAGCCCCGAGUACAACCUGCUGAUACCUACCCUCCCCCUGGGCUGGAAAGUGACCGAGGAGAGAGCUGGGACCCACCUCACAUCCUACCUGACCUUCACCCCGACGGUGCAGGACGACGGAGCGCGGGUCCGGUGCUGCUUCUUCCAUGAAACCAAAUGUAUCAGAGAGGAGCGAGUAUCACCAGAUUUCCAGGUGUGGGCCCAGGCGCAGGUGUCUGAGAUCCAGGUGUUGCCAGAGUGGGACCCCCGCGACAAGGUGCCGUUUGCUGUCCACCUCCACAACUUCUACCCCAGGGAGGUGCCCCCCAUCCAGUGGGGCUGGGACGGGGCCGGGAGCUGGAGGGAAGACCCCGCGCAGGUAGACAAGAACGCGGACGGCACGUUCACCGCGACGAGCGUCUGGAGAGUGCCCAGCCGGAGCCUGACCCGGCCAGAGCUGCGAGUGCGAGUGUGCGUCCCGCACGGCCAUGGAGAGCCCGCGAGUGAGAGAGAGCUCAGCCUGAGGGCCGCGGGUCUCCUGCGGCCCCCCGACGUGUCCGAAAUCUCCCAGCCUGAGUCCAUGCCCACGGGGAAGGGAGUCACCCUGAGCUGCCGCAUCGUGGGGCAUUUCCCGGGGGAGCUGAGCGUGACCUGGCUGUGGAGAGGCAAGGGGGAGGCCACUGCUGUGAUGCUGCGGGACUCGCCUGAGUAUAGGGUGGAGCCCGGCACGGCCAUCCUGGCACGGGAUGGGAAGAGCUUCCAACAGGAGACGAGACUCACCCGCUGGUCAUCCAGGGACCAGGGAGCAGAGUACAUCUGCCGCGUGGGACACCUGGCCCUGGAGACCCCCAUCGAGAGGAGCAGCGCCUGCCAUCUCCACCCUUCAGAGCUGAGGGAGGUCUCCCAGACACAGGCCCUGAUCCCUGAGCAGCUGGUGACCGUGAAGACCCGUCUAUCAGGGUCCAACCCCAAGCAGCUGGCGAUGACCUUGCUGGGAAAGAAAGCAAGAAAGAAAAAGCCCAGGGCCCUGGAGAGCUCAGACCCCCAAAGGAUCCACACCACCCCUAGCCAGGUGCCAGACAGGAAGUCCUACAGCGUGGAGUCUGAGCAGCAUGUCCCCACUACGGGGCCUGAGGACAAGAGGGUCGAGUACCAGUCCUGCGUGAAGCACGAGGCCCUGAAGAAGUCCAAGUCCAGGUCCAGCGGGCUCACAGGUCCAUCAGAGCUCUCCAGAGCCUCCAAGAACUGAGGAGAGAGGAGGCAGCCGAAGAUAGAGGAAUGCGAGGCCAUUCAGAGUCCACCAGAGCCUCAAAGAGCUGAGGAGGGAGGUGCUGGCUGAGGACAGAGGCAGGGUUGGAUCUUGCACCCACCUGGGAAACACCACAGCUGGGCUGGGCUGGGCUGGGCUG